AUGGCGAAAAUGGCGGCAGAGUCAGUGACUGUGUCCGUACAAAGAGCUCCAUUUAGCUCCAAGUGGCAAGCUUCAAGAAGGGACAAGUUGCAUACCCAGGUUCGAGCUUCUCAGUCCAUGGAUGACAAGAACAAAGUCUUCAAAGAGCUGGGUCUGUUUUCAUUAAGAAAGAAGAUUGAAGGUGUAGUUCUCCAAGCUGAUAUGUUAGCACCGGCAGCAUUGGAACUAGAAGAAGCAUCACGGAUUAGGCAGGAAGAAAUGAUACGGAAAUAUAACUUAUGGGAUGAUGUAACUAAAUCCAAUGAAAUUCUUGGCAAGUUAGCUGAUAGUUCCAAAGUGGUUGACACUCUCAAAGACCUAACUUAUAAGGCUGAAGAAGCAAAGUUGAUUACUCAGCUGGUGGAGAUGGAUGCAAUAAAUCAUGGGCUUUUUGAGCAAGCAUAUAAUGCAUCUGUAGAUGUAAGCAAGUUCUUGUAUCAGUACGAGAUGUCCAAACUUCUCAGGGGCCAAUUUGACAUGGAGGGAGCAUGCCUGACUAUUAAAGCAGGGCCUAGAGGCAUUUACUCUGAGAUAUGGGCAGAACAACUUCUCAGCAUGUAUACCAAAUGGGCUGAAAAGCAAGGUUACAAGGGAAGGGUAGUUGAGAAGUAUGCUUCCAAGAAUGGUGGUAUCAAGUCUGCAACUAUUGAGUUUGAAUCUGAGUAUGGUUAUGGCUAUCUUUCAGGAGAGAGGGGAGUUCACCAUAUGAUAAGAAGUUCAGAUGAUGAAUCUAUACUCCAUGAGCAGACUGGCUCAGCAGUAGUGGACGUUAUUCCAUUAUUCCUUGAAACAGCUCCUGACCUACAAAUUGAUGAUGGGGAUUUGAGGAUCUCAUCUCCUUCAUGUCAUGGGGUUGAACAAGGCCGAACUGGGCAUGCUGUUUGCAUUCAGCAUAUUCCAACUGGCAUAAGUGUUCAAUCCUCAGGUGAGAGAAGCCACUUUGCAAAUAAGAUGAGGGCCCUUAAUCGCCUGAAGGCCAAACUUGUUGUGACUGCAAUGGAACAGGGAAUUCCUGAAGUAGGUGGCAUCAAGAGAGAAGCCAUUGCUGAUAUGUGGAAACAAGAAACCAGAAGGUAUGUAUUUCAUCCAAACAAGCUUGUGCAAGAUGUAAAGACCGACAUCCAGUUGCCGGAUUUAAAUUCUGUUUUGGAUGGAAAUAUUGAACCUCUGAUUGGAGCAAAUAUUAGUAUGAGACAGGCAAGUGAUAUGAUCAUGUAAAACCAAAUCAUCUUGCUCUUCUUUGUAACUCCUUUGGAAGUUCAAUGUUCUGUUCCACAUUGUACAAAUUUGAAAAUCCAAAUCUAAAGCUGAUCUUGGCUUUCCAAAUUAA